UUCAGACUCAAACAUGGCAUUCAAGUUCGUAAUCUUCGCUCUCUUCGUGGCUGCCGCCCAGGGCAGCGGCAUUGGCGCCAACUACAACAGCUUCUCGUACGGCGUGUCGGACCCCCACACCGGCGACGUCAAGAGCCAGCACGAGACCCGCCUCGGCGACAACGUGGUCGGCCAGUACUCGCUGCUGGAGUCUGACGGCACACGUCGCACCGUGGACUACGCCGCCAACGCACACUCCGGCUUCAACGCCGUGGUGCGCAAGGACCCCGCCCUCAUCGCCGCCCCCAUCGCCCACGCCGCUCCCGCAUACGGCGCCUACGCCCGCGCUACACCCCUGGCAUACGCCGCCGCCUCUCCCCUCGCCUACGGUGCUGCCGCUGCUCCUCUCGCCUACGGUGCUGCCGCUGCUCCUCUCGCCUACGGCGCUGCUGCUGCUCCCCUCGCGUACGGCGCCAUCGCCGCUCCCGGCUACGGCAUCGGCUACGGCACCCAGGGCGCCAUCGGCUACGGCGCCCAUGGACUCGGACUCGGCUACGGCGCCCACGGACUCGGACUCGGCUACGCUGGACGUCUGGGCUGGUAAACGGUGACGACAAAAAAGACUGUCAUGGAAACU